CUCACCUUUCUCUCCUCCCUCAAUAACACAAACCUCCCAAACACCCUUCCCAAAAAUAAGGAUCUUCCUUCUCUUCUUUUGAAAAUCUUCCCUGACUCUUUCUCAUUUCUCAUCUGCCAUUUCUCAUUGGAAGAAAACAUGGCGAACUCAGCAUCUGGAAUGGCGGUGAAUGAUGAUUGUAAGCUGAGGUUCUUGGAGCUGAAAGCGAAGCGGAACUUCCGAUUCAUCGUGUUCAAGAUCGAUGAGAGGAUACAGCAGGUGAUGGUGGAGAGGCUGGGGGAACCCCACGAGAGCUAUGAUGAUUUCGCUGCCUGUUUGCCUGCUAAUGAAUGCCGCUAUGCUGUCUACGAUUUUGAUUUCACCACCAACGAGAACUGCAACAAGAGCAAGAUCUUCUUCGUUGCUUGGUCCCCUGACACAUCAAGGGUGAGGAGUAAGAUGUUGUAUGCAAGCUCCAAGGACAGAUUCAAGAGAGAGCUUGAUGGAAUUCAGGUGGAAUUGCAAGCCACAGAUCCGAGCGAGAUGAGCAUUGAUAUCAUCAAGGCUCGAGCCCUCUAACGGCCCAAAGCUCUUGGAGCCCAAUUUGAUUUUCUGGGCUUUCUUUUCUUGAGAUUUUCAUUACAUGUGUUACUAAUGUCUACGCCAUUGCUAGGGACCGGCAUAGCAAAUGGAUUUCUUUUAGGGGAGGGGGAGUUAUUUGAUACUCUGGCAGUGUGUGAAGGUUCAUACGCAUGCACUCAGGAUUCGGAUUGGCCAUGUGGCAUUCACCCAAGUCAAAUUACACCGUCCAGAUCAUAGGGUCCAUUGUAGAUAGAUCAUAAUUCCAAAAAUUAGAUUUAUGAGACGAUCCUAACCGCUGAUUAAGUGGAGUCGGCUCGUUUAUGAUCUAUUUAAUGUGGGGCCCACAUUUGGACGGUUUAACUGAGUUAGAUGUAUGCCAUUGGUACAAUUCGUGAGUGCAUGCAAGAACGAUGUCACUCUGCAGCAAUACCAGAGUUUUCCAUAUUUUUUCUUUUAUGCCGUUUAAUGUUUAUUGGAUUUUUGUUGCAAUUAGGCUGUGCCUUAUAUAUUUAUUUGUGAGAGAUUAUAUGACGGGUUUUAUUUUCAAUGAGAUGACAUGUAUUUCUUCUUGGGAGUACAUUACGUGGCACACAUGGAUGAGAUCUAAACCGUCCAUUUUGUGCUUC